GCAAUUCGAAGUCGAUGACCUUUGGACGUGCUUUGCGCCGCAGCAUUUCCUGGAGCCUCUUCAUCAGCACAGUCGUUUCUUUCUCUUCGAUUCAACGGGCAAGAUGUUCAGGCCGAUUUUUAGAGCAGCAACGACUGCGCGCACUGCUUCAAAAGCACAGCAUGUCGGGAAACGAUUCGCAAGUACCGCCCCUACGAGAUCUGGAAGCUGGAAAGGGACUGCGUUGAGGUGGACGGCGGCUGGCGCUGUGGUAUAUUACUACAACACCUCUUCAGUAUUUGCCGAAGAACCACAAUAUGCUACCCACGCAGCACCAGAAACCUCGCGGGAGUCAGAAACACAUCUCAGUAUCGAUUCAAUAGCGGAACAGCGACGAGCACAGGCACGACACAACAUCCAAUCAUCCGAAAGCCGGCAUAGCGAAUCUCAGACCACCGAGCAGCAACAGACUGUCACCGCAGCUGAUGGCGAGCAAGCCGCGGCAGGCGGUCCGCAAGGACUCGAAGAAGAGGCAGAACAGCAGGGCGCUUUCAACGAAGAGACUGGAGAGAUCAACUGGGACUGCCCGUGUCUAGGCGGAAUGGCACAUGGUCCAUGUGGCGAGCAGUUCCGCGCUGCUUUCAGCUGCUUCGUUUACUCGAAAGAAGAGCCUAAGGGCGUGGAGUGUAUCGAGCACUUCAAGACAAUGCAGAAUUGCUUCCGAGAGCACCCAGAAAUAUACGGUGCUGAACUAGAUGACGAUGAAGUUGCAGAGGCACAAGCCGAGGAGGAUCGAGCGCAGGCAUCGCUGGCUCGAUCAAAUGAUGCGCAGUCAAGCGCGAAGACCCAGGGUGGCGAGAGCAAUGAGGCUCAGCAGACGCCAGGCAGUGGACCGACCAAGCAGUCAGCGGAUGAGGGCGGCAACCUAGUUCCCAAGGCUGCUCACGACGCUCGGUAGACGUAGGAAGCUACCAACCUAUGGGGGAGUCUGCGGCAGCCCUCGAUGCAUGGCCGAGAACAUUCGAGCUGAAAGACGAGCGCUGUACCACUAGCAUAGAUGUACUAUAGCUGUACAAAACAAUGAUGC